AACAAUCAUAAAUUCCGUUGUAUUCUUAUAGCAGAACGUAAUGAAAGGUUGCUAUUGUUACAUCUACGUCGGUAUGCUUGUAUCCUGACUGUAAAGAUAGUUUUGAACAUACGUUUCCGUUUGCACCAGUAGCCUAUACCCUAGACAACUAUAUCGUGAGGGUGCGUUAAAUUAACUACACGAUCAUGAACAGCAGCAGAAAUCCAAACGAAGUUCUAACCGAGUUGGCUCAGCAACACGGAGUGCAAACAACAGAUGAAGAAUUCGCAAAAUUUCUGGAUGAAAAGGAUAAUAUAGCUUUUUUAAGAGACGAUUUUAUCUUGCCAAGUAUGAUGAACGACGAAGUUUCUGAAGCGCACAACAUCAUUUACCUCAACGGUCAUUCUCUCGGUGUGCAACCAAAAACGUCGAAACAACAUAUCAUAAAGGAUUUAGACGGAUGGGCAAAGAAGGGAUCGCUCUGUAGAUCAGAGCCUGGUAAAAUAUUCCCAAAAGAAGACGAGCGAUUGUCCGUGUCAAUGGCGAAGUUGGUCGGCGCAUUUCCCGACGAAGUAUCCAUAAUGAACACCCUUAGUGUCAACCUUCACCUACUAAUGGUUUCAUUUUACACACCAACUCAAACAAGACACAAAAUUUUGAUUGAGAAGCAAGCCUUCCCAUCCGAUUAUUACAUCGUGCAGUCUCAAAUAGAGCAACGUGGAUUCAAACCAGAAGACAGCAUAAUUCAACUGCAGCCAAGAGAAAAUGAAGACAUUUUGAGAACAGCUGAUAUAUUAGAUGUUAUUGAAAAACAAGGUGACAGCAUUGCACUUGUACUUUUGCCUGGAAUUCAAUACUACACUGGCCAACUGUUUGAUAUGGAAGUUAUAACCAAAGCUGCCCAAGCAAAAGGCUGCAUGGUUGGUUAUGAUCUUGCCCAUGCUGUUGGCAAUGUGGAGUUGAAGUUACAUGACUGGGAAGUUGAUUUUGCUUGUUGGUGCAAUUACAAAUAUAUCAACAGUGGUGUGGGUGCUGUUGGAAGUGCAUUCAUGCAUCGAAAACAUGAGAACAAUGAGAGACCAAAAUUUAUUGGUUGGUGGGGUCACAACGCAUCUACCAGGUUGGACAUGACAAAUGAACUAGAUUUAUCUCCUGGAAUCAACGGCUACAGAAUAUCAUACCCUAAUUCUCUUGGACUUUGUGUGUUACGAGCUUCUUUGGCUAUUUUUGACAAAACAAAUAUGAGAGAGAUAAGAGAAAAGAGCAUCUUACUAACUGGAUAUCUUGAACAUUUGCUUCUAUCCAAAGUGAGCAAGUACAUUGAGAUCAUAACACCUAAGGAUCCUGAACAAAGAGGUUGCCAGUUGACACUGAAGCUCAAGUAUACAGCUUCAGAAGUGUAUAGUAAGUUAAUGAAGCGACAUGUUAUAUGUGAUGUUCGCAAACCAAAUGCAAUCAGGGUUGGACCAGUACCUCUAUACACAAGGUUCAUUGAUGUAUAUUGGUUUGUGAACAUUCUGCAAGAAGUUCUACAAGAUUUCACCAAGAAAAUCGUACUUUAACUACAGAUUAAAACAACCUAUAAAUGGCAGGCGCGCUAAUCACUGUGCCAGUCACAUUAUCACAAACAAAAUAGCAUAGCCCUGUGCUAAAGGUAAUAUAAACUACAGACUGCCUGUCGAUCUGUUAUAACCUUUUCUCAAAGAGUGCUUUUCUGAACAUACAUUUUAAAAAAAUAGCG